UGCACAGCCUGCCUUGGCUUCGUCGUCUUCUUCAUCAUCUCAAUGAUGGAGUCCCACCACACACAGGCACACCUUACAGCUCACUCUCCUCCUCCCUUUUCCACUUUAGUAACCCUAAUUAGCUAGCUAGCUAGCUAGCUAGCUCAACUUGCUUUACCCAUUCACCAGUCAGUCACCAUACAUUUCAUAUAGUCCACAGCCUGCAGCUGCUGGCAAUGGCGUCAAUCACAUCUCCAAUGGCGAUACCGCCUCUCUUGCUCCUCCUCCUUCUUUUCUCAGGAGUCGCCGCCGAUGACAGCCGGAGGAGCACCUACAUAAUCCGUGUCCAGCACGAUGCCAAACCCUCGGUUUACCCCACCCACCGCCACUGGUACCAAUCAUCGCUUCGAGCCCUCUCUCCUGUUCCCACCGACGCUGCUCUUUCCCCAUUGCUCUACUCCUACACCAAUUUCUUCCACGGUUUCUCCGCUAGGCUCUCUGCUUCCGAGGCUCGGAAGCUCGAAGCCUUCUCCGGAAUAAUAGGGGUGAUUCCCGAGCAAGUCAGGCAAUUGCAUACCACGCGCUCGCCUGAGUUCCUCGGCCUGAAAACUGCCGACAAUGCUGGCUUGUUGAAGGAGUCAGAUUUCGGGUCGGAUCUCGUCAUUGGUGUUAUGGACACCGGGAUCUGGCCGGAGAGAGAGAGCUUUAAUGACCGGGAUUUAGGUCCUCCUCCCGCCGAUUGGAAAGGCGAAUGCGUCGCCGGAGAGAACUUCCCCGCUAGUUUAUGUAACCGGAAAUUAAUCGGAGCUAGGUACUUUUCCGACGGAUACGAAGCGACUAACGGGAAGAUGAACGAAACGACGGAGUUUCGCUCGCCGAGAGAUUCGGAUGGGCAUGGCACCCACACAGCUUCCAUUGCCGCCGGGAGGUACGUGUUUCCAGCUUCAACUCUCGGCUACGCUCGCGGCGUAGCGGCUGGGAUGGCGCCCAAGGCUCGCCUCGCCGCUUACAAAGUCUGCUGGAGCGCUGGUUGCUACGAUUCAGACAUCCUGGCCGCGUUCGACGCUGCCAUAGCUGACGGUGUGGACGUUAUCUCAAUGAGCGUCGGAGGAGUGGUGGUGCCGUACUAUUUAGACGCCAUAGCUAUCAGUGCUUUCGCUGCGUCUGACGCCGGAAUAUUCGUCUCGGCCUCCGCCGGCAACGGCGGUCCCGGCGAAUUAACCGUCACGAAUGUCGCGCCGUGGGUUACCACAGUCGGUGCCGGUACAAUCGACCGGGAUUUUCCCGCCGACAUCAAGCUUGGAAACGGAAGAACAAUUCCCGGCGUCAGCGUGUACGGAGGACCGGCGCUGGCGCAUAAUAAAUUAUACCCUCUAAUCUACGCCGGGAGCGUAGGGAGCGAUGGUUACUCUUCUUCUUUGUGCCUCGAAGGUUCAUUAGAUCCUGAUGUGGUGAAAGGUAAAAUUGUUUUAUGCGACAGGGGAAUCAAUUCGCGAGCUGCAAAAGGCGACGUGGUGAAGAAGGCCGGCGGAAUUGGGAUGAUUUUGGCCAACGGAGUUUUCGACGGGGAAGGCUUGGUGGCGGAUUGUCACGUGCUGCCGGCGACGGCUGUUGGCGCGGCCGCCGGAGAUGAAAUCAGGAAAUACAUCCAGUCGGCGGAGAAUUCAAAAUCUCCGCCAACAGCCACCAUUAUUUUCCGGGGAACUCAGCUUCACGUCGUCCCGGCGCCGGUGGUGGCUGCAUUUUCAGCCCGUGGCCCGAACCCAGAAACUCCGGAGAUUAUGAAGCCCGAUUUGAUUGCUCCAGGUUUAAACAUCCUCGCCGCGUGGCCGGAUAACGUCGGACCAAGCGGCAUUCCAUCGGACAAGAGACGAACAGAGUUCAACAUCUUGUCGGGGACAUCCAUGGCCUGCCCUCACGUUUCCGGGCUGGCUGCUUUGCUGAAGGCAGCUCAUCCCGAGUGGAGCCCCGCAGCCAUACGAUCCGCAUUAAUGACGACGGCCUACAUCAUCGACAAUCGAGGGAAAACAAUGCUGGACGAAUCGACAAGAAAUUCAUCUACGGUGAUGGAUUAUGGAGCAGGGCACGUCCAUCCCCAGAAGGCCAUGGAUCCGGGGCUCGUCUACGACAUGGAUUCGUACGACUACGUCGACUUGUUGUGUAAUUUGAAUUACACGAGGAAGAACAUCGAAACGAUCACGAGAAAGGCAGCUGAUUGCAGCGGGGCAAGAAGAGCAGGGCAUGUGGGGAAUCUGAACUACCCUUCGAUGACGGCAGUGUUUCAAGUCCAACAGAACGGGAAGCACAAGCUGUCGACGCACUUCAUUAGGAGAGCGACGAAUGUAGGGAGUGCGGAUUCGGUGUAUACGGUGAAGAUCAAUGCGCCGGAAGGAGUGGUAGUGACGGUGAAGCCUGAGAGGCUGGUGUUCCGGCGGGUGGGGCAGAAGCUGAAUUAUCUGGUUCGGGUGCAGGUGGAGGCGAAGCAGCAGCAGCAGGAGCAGCAGCUAUCGCCGGGAAGCUCGGUGGUGAAGAGUGGAUCGAUCGUGUGGUCUGAUGGGUUGCAUUUGGUGAGGAGUCCGAUAAUAGUGUCGUUGCAGCAGCCCCUCUGAUGGUGUUGAUGAAAUCAAAAUGAAUGGAAGUAGUUUUGAUGGGCAAGUAAAAUAUAAAUCUCGAUGUUUGCUUGCUGCAUUUGGAUUGGGAGGAGGGAGAGUUUUGAGGUGGGAGUGGGAACACCCAAGUUGUAUGUAGGGCGUGAGGUGAAAAAUAAAUUAGUGAGAGAGAGAGAGAGAGAGAGAGAGAGAGAGAGAUCUGAAAUGUGGUCACAUAAUGUAAAAACAUGGGAUGGGAUGAUGGUGGAUUUUGUUUGAAGAAGAAGAAGAGUAAUGGUGUAUUGUGACGUGACAGGUAUUAAGAGCAGAGAGAGGCACAGAAGUAGGGUAUGGUGUGUUGUGGUGGUUUUUAAUUGAAUCGAAUUUAAGUGAAGGGGUGAAAUGAAUAAUGAAAUGGCAGGGAGGACAGACAUCCACAUUGUCAUGACAUGUGAGCGACUGAGUGAGUGUAGUAGACUAGUACUAGGUCUUGUGAACCUUGAUAAAACUCCAUCCGCCAAUCCUUGUUACUACUGUUUUAACGUUUUUUCGCGGGUGGGGUCAUCUUCAUAAUUUCAUCUCGUCUGCUUUUGACCAGCGAAAAGAAUACAGUUUGACGA